AUGGCUCAAGCCAUAGAUAUAUCUGGAAAUCGACUUACUGGGGUCAUUCCAGAUUCUCUAGGAGACUGUACAGCAUUAGAGCAUCUAAAUCUGUCCCACAACGCCUCUGAAGGUCCAAUACCAGAUUCACUCUCCAAAUUGAAAAAUCUUCAAGAAAUGGAUCUCUCUUUCAAUAAUUUGUCAGGGCGGAUUGCAGAAGCAGGGAUGUUUCCAAAUAGAACUGUUGCGGUACUGUUUAUGAGAAACCCCGGCCUAUGUGGCCCAAAAAAUUAUUCAUUGCCUCCAUGCUUGAAUCAGGCCGAGGUAAAACACUCUCUGCUCAAAAAAAUAGUGUUAUUAGUUGUUGGAAUCGGUGCAAUUGUAUUAUGCUUCUUCAUCUUAGGAAUGCUAUGGCGGCAUAAACUUUCAAGGGAGCUAGUCAGCCCCUCGAGCUUUAAUUUUCAAAGGCUCAACUAUCCAAAAUUUUCUUAUAAAGAUCUUGUCAUUACAACAUCUGGAUUUGAUGAGUCAAACUUGCUUGGAGUGGGUAACUUUGGAUCAGUCUACAAAGGCAUCUUGAGGGAUGGUUUGGUUCUUGAAUUUGCAUGUAAUGGGAGCUUGGAAAAUCAUUUGCACCCUGACAGAAAUGGUGAGGGCUUUUGUAGACUGGGAUUGAGUGAGUAUUUGAGCAAUGCUAUAGAUGUAGCCCAUGGCCUGGAAUAUUUACAUCAUGAUUGUCCUCUACAAGUUGUGCACUGUGAUUUAAAACCUAGCAAUGUGCUCUUGGAUGCCAACAUGACAGCCCUUGUGACUGAUUUUGGUAUAUCCCGUUUAACUGGUACAAAUUCUGGAGAUUCAUUGAGUACAACAACAUUUGCACUCAAAGGAUCCAUUGGAUAUAUUGCCCCAGAGUACGCAUUGGGUGGGAAUGUUUCUACUAAGGGAGAUGUUUAUAGUUAUGGAAUUCUGAUAUUAGAGAUGAUUACAAGGAAGAGGCCAAGUGAUGACAUGUUUGUGGUAGAUGCGAGAAAAGACAAAUGUAUUUUCUCGGUGUAA